UCUCUCUCUCUCUCUCUCUCUUCUCCUCCAAAAAGUAUCGAACCCACACAACCAUUUAGCUCCCGCCCCUGGCCAACCUCAAAGCCACCAUUUCCACCCCUUCCCCCCCCAGGCCACUGGUCAUCCGUGGGUACAUGACCGCCGCCAUGUCGUCGUCCGAGCUAUGCAACGUGUGCCGCGGCACAAGCGACGCAUGCCACCAGUACUACUGCACCGAUCUCAACCACACGAUUCCGAUGUGUUCCCAGCCAGGUCGCCCGCAUGAAGGGCAACACGAGCUCCAGUUCUUCGGGCACGACGACAGCGACGCUUGGCUUUUUAACGAUCCCAAGGCUACGGAGCCGCAGCAUGAAGAGAGGCCGCCGGUGGCUCCCGCUUUCAAAUACUUCGAUAGCUUCCGCGAAGCUUGCAGCAAUCCUGGGCACGGGCUGACCUUCGAUGUUUUCUUAAGCACGCCCAGCCCGCCGGACUCCAUCCCGGCCUCGACGGAAGGUUCGGCCAUGGGGCUGCCCGCGACGACCGCUCCCAUCAUGUCAAACGGGAGGAGCAAGGAGGUUUGCGAUGUCAAAGUUUCCAGCCAAGGCGACCCCAACUUGGAGAGAGAAGCCAAGGUCAUGAGGUACAAAGAGAAGAGGAAGAAAAGAAGGUACGAGAAGCAAAUACGAUAUGCAUCAAGGAAGGCAUACGCUGAAAUGAGACCAAGGAUCAAAGGGAGGUUCGUGAAGACUCCUGAAACAAGCCAGCCAACACCUGAGCCUCCUCUUAAUUAUGACCCUGCAGAUAGGCUUGACCUUCGAUGGUUCCAUUCCUAACAGGCAGCAACCACUACCAUAAUAAAGAAAUAAUGGAUAUUUAACUUAAACAUUAUGCUGUACCGUUUGAUCAAUUGUUUUAGGAAUGUACCUGAUGAUCUGCUUGCUUAUUUGCUAAACAGAAUAGCUUUCUUUUGCCUUUC